CCAGUAUGAGAUAAAUUAUUAAUUGGGCUUGAUUCAUUGAACUCAUUGCAUGGAGCCCAACAAAAUGGACAGAGUAAUAAAUAAGGCCCGAAGCUCACUCAUGGGCCAUUAGCCUUUUCAUUUGAUCAUUUAUUUGUUUUUUUUAUGACAGCGCGUUUUCCCCAACAUUCAAAGUUCAAACCGAAGAUGUCUGGAAAGUGUUCGUGAGAAUGCCCAUCACGAACUCCAUCGCUAGCUCUGUCGACAUCAAAACUCUUCGAAGAUCUCCAAGAUUUCUACCUUCUACUCAGCAGCAGGAAUUUUCCACUACGCCAAGAUCUCUGAGGUUUCUGCGAAGGAAUGAAAUUUCAUCUCCUACAACCCCGACCUUCAGCCGUGCUCAGUGCCCAAUCCGCCAGGUACACUCUUCCCACGCUUCUCUCAAACCUUCUAAGAAUGUUUCUCUUAAAACCCCUAAAUCUGUUCGUGUAAAUACCCCGAAAAGAACGAGUAAAUCUGGUGUUGUUUCGAGUAAAAACAAGGAUUCGAGUACUGGGUCGAAAAAGUAUUCGAUAUUUGAAAAUGGGUUUAAGGAAAAACGGUCUCCAAGACGAUCCCCUAGGUUAUCCUCUGCGCCGAAGAUUGACAAUGCGCUCGAGGGUCGUAACGCGAAAGUUUCAAAGAGUUCAAUUUCCUCCGGAGGGUGUUCGAAUGAUUUGAAAAAUCCAAGCCCUAAUGUGAGAAGAUCUCCAAGAUUCAGUAAUGGAGUUGGGGGGAAUCGAAGUUUCGGCAAUUCCCACAGUUUUUCGGGUCAGCAGGCUGGUCUCGAGAAGAGUAGCCGAAAACGGGAGAAUCAUAGUGGUUCGAGAAGAACAACUGGGUCAUUACGUGAUCUGAAUGUUGAUGCAAGUGUGAGCUCCCAUGGGAAAAAAGUGGCCGCAGCGGAGAGAAAGAAGGGAAAUUCUGCUGAUCAUGAGGAUAUUGCAACAAAAGCUGAGGAAAAACAAGUAGUUGAUGGAGAAAUGGAAAAGAAAUCAGUGGGUACAAGGAAAAGAAAGCGAGAGGAUGGCGUGGUUGGGAUUAGACAAGGGUGGACUAAGGAACAGGAAGUCUCAUUGCAGAGAGCAUAUUAUGCUGCAAAGCCCACUCCCCAUUUUUGGAAGAAGGUUUCCAAAUUGGUGCCUGGAAAGUCUGCCCAAGAUUGCUUUGAUAAAGUUCAUUCCGACCAUAUGACCCCUCCGCAACCUCGGCCUCGAUUCAGAACACGGAGUACAAAACCAUCUCCAAUGGAACUCUUGUUUUCAGAGUGUGAGCUUCUAAAUGUUGAUGGUGCGAAGUCGAGAAAGCCUAGAGGUAAGAGUCAGAAAAGUCAUAAUGCACAGAAAGCUGUGAGAUAUUUGUUAGAGAAGAACUUUCAGGGGGCCAUUAACUAUGAGGCCGAUUUGUUUUCACAACUUGAGCCAAAUAUUAAUCUCUCUAACCGUACCCCUCUUCCAAGUAAACAACUCUCUAGCAUCAUGGAUUUACAGGGAAACCAAGGAUUCCUCCAUGGGAGAUCCUUGUCAAAUCACAAGAAGCCACUUUCUAGAUUUAGCACCUCAGUUGAGAGAGUUGUUAGUCCACCAGUACUCAAACAGGUGAAGAACAGGGUCUUGCACGAGAAGUAUAUCGACCAGUUACAUAGUAGGGAAGCAAAGAGAAAAUCAAUGUCAAAAUGCAGAAAAAGUUGCAUCUCCAAAGAGGUGGGUUCAUCAAAGGAAAUCCAUGCCACAAGAACUAAUGAUCUUAGAGCUGCUAAAAAUGCAUUAAUUUCUGAUGCAAGGGAUGCCAUCCAACAAUUACAACACUUGGAAACCAAUGCCAUGAACAAUAUUCCUGGUUUUGAAGACGAUGAAGAUUUUUGCGAUAAUGUUGAUUAUGAUGAUGAAGAUGAUCCUUGAUACAUUCAGUUCUUUUAUCUUCACCUAAAUGCCUGGGAUAACAUGUAUCUGUGUAUAAAGAGAAUUUUUCUUUCCAUUUUGUAGUUACUAGCUUUCAGAAGUUUCAGUCUAUGCUAAUUGCAAUUCUAGAUGCCUUUCAAUCUU